AUGGCUCCCGCUACCUUUGCCCAAAAGAUCAGAAGGGCCGCCAGAAACCAGCAGCGUGCUCGUGGGACUUGGUCAACCCCUUUCCUCACGAUAUUGAGAAGCAANCAACAAGCAUCAGCUUUGAAGAAGCGCACCAACUCGACAAAGGUCACCAAGUCGACAAAGGUUACCAAAAUCACCUCCAAGCCCUACAACCCAUUCAGAAAGAAUGAGGAGCUUGUCGCAGACUCCCGCGAGUCUACCACAACAAAGGCUCUGGAGAAGCCUACUCAACCUGCCUCCAAAGGCGAAGAGCCCGACAGGGUACCCACCCUCGUCAGUGCUACUGAGUCGUCCAGCAAGAGCAAAGCUCGCCACGACUCACUGUCACCAAACACAACUACUCCAAGCGCAGAGCCUGGCUUCAAGAGAUCAAGCACCGGACUAAGCUUCGAAAGCAGCUCAAGCGCUGCAACAACAAGCGUCAGGGGUGUCCACCUACUUCUCGCCAUCAUCCCAGCAGUCUACUAUGACCGUUGGAUCUCAGACUGGAACCACCUGUGCAGCCUCUAUGGCAACAACAUCGAUGCCUACUACUCAAGUAUCGAAAUCGCCAGUGACCCUGCCGGCAUCAAAAUCUACGCCGACUGCGACAACAAGACCUUGGGCGACAUGCUCAUGAAGAAGGUCGAUGGCGACACAGUUCUCAACAAGAAGUUGAUCUGCAAAUUCAUCUAG